CGAGCCGGCGAACAAGACGGAUACCCUGUCUUCUCAUUGUGUUCUUUGAAUUGCGGUUGAGUGGCACCUGUUGUGUAUAAACAGCAGGUGAUUAGAAAACGGGGCAACAAGUGCAGUCUGCCGGCCGGAUGCGGAUCGCAGCGGUGCCCGAUCGCAGCUCAGGGCGAAGCGGCUUAGUCGUAUUUUUUCAUUUUUGAAGGCAUCACAUUUUCACUUCAGAGGAAGUUUUGGCUACAUCACACCAACUUCACAAUGGAAUAGUACUGCAAAGCGAGUACAUGUUCCAGUUGGGAUACAGCAGGCCUCCAAGAACUCUGCAGUAUUUCAAGAGAUGAUUGGGUGAACAGCUGUUGACCUUUAGUUCACCAUUUACACAAGUGCAAUCAUGUUAGACCCCAGCCUGCCAUGGUUGGCCGUGGGCUACCGAAACUUCAAACAAGAAGACUUUUGCCAGCGUCAGAUCCGGGAUGAGAUGAGCAAGUACAGGAUCGACACGACCGACGUGAGGAGCGUGUUGCGGUCAUCAACUCCGCAGGGUCAGCAGAGGAGGCGUGUGAAGAGCGCCACCGCGACACGCUUCACGAGUCGCAGCUGCGACAGCUUCACCGCCAGGCCUACGCCACGGCCCAAGAGUGCCCAGUCGUACCACCCGAACUAUCCACACUACCAGGAUGCGGACCGGUCGCCUGUGUCAAGACAGCGGCGUCCACGCAGUGCCUUUCUGCCCCACCACCGCCCUUCCCCUGCCCAGAACCGCAGCGUGACGGCUGUGGAACGCCAGUAUCACUUGGAGAAGACGAUCAAACUCUGCGUAGACGAAAGGGACUCCAAGUGUGCUUUUUGUCCUGUUGAAUGCCGACCCAAGUCCAGCAGCAGUAACAGGCCGACGUCGUCUACUGGUCUCGUGGCGGCCCAUGUGCCCUCGCAUUAUGAUAGAUAUGUGGCCUGGACUAGACCAAGAACUGCCCCAGCAACGAGACGAGAAUUUCUACAAUUACCAAGACACAAUAAUAUAAGACGAGGCAGCAUUCCACGCUACACCAACUUUGUCAAGCGGGUGGAGUUGGGACUGCGGGAUGGUACCCCGUCCCCGCCCCCGAGGAGACGGAUAGCAUUUGAGGAUGAGUCGGCCAAGCGCCAGUCUCCUUCCCUGGAGGAGUCGUCAGAUGCCGAUGAGGAGGAUGGAGAAUUGGUUCUGUCUGAGGAAGACAAUAUCGAUGAAGAACUAGAAGAAGACGUAUCGAUCCGCAUCCCAACACCGAUAGAGCCUCCCCUAGAAUAUGAACCUGAGGAACCGCCCACCGAUGAGGGACAAGAAGCCUGGACUGAACCCAAGGCACCAACGCCGUCCCCAGCAUUGUCCGGCAGAAACAGCCCAGAACCAGAACUGCCUGAGACAACACACAUGGAACCAGAAGCCCCAUCCCCACGGGAGCCAACCCCACCCCCAAGGGAACCUACCCCACCCCCAUUGGAACCCACCCCGACCCCACGGGAACCCACCCCACCCCCUAGGGAACCCACCCCUCCACCAAGGGAGCCCACCCCACCACCAAGGGAGCCCACCCCACCCCCAAGGGAGCCAAAACCCAAGAAGGAGGUUAGGAUUCUUGAGACGCCAGUCCCUCCCCCAGCCAAGCCCAAGACUGUGCCUCAGAACCCGGAGAGGACCACCAAGUCAUGCCUUGCCAAGAAACCAGAGAUCCCUAAAGAAACAAAGCCGCGACCCAAACCGCCGCCGUCUGAACCCGCCCCGAAAGAGGCUGAGGAGGUUGCUACACAGGUGGAGGAACCCCCGGCAGAGAUGGAGCCUAAGGAAGCCAAAGAAGAGGUUCCUGAAGAUGACUCGACGAAACCCGAUGACGUACAGGAGGAGCCAGAAGAAACACUGCCGGAACAAACCAGUGAUUCUGAGGAGUCGGCCGCUCACAAAGACGACAGGCCGGAGAAGAAGAAACUGGGCCCACCACCAAAGUACAAAGUGGAUCUGAUGGCCGUUGAUUCUCAGGCCAUGAAAGAUUUACUGGACAUGGAGAUGAAGAUGAGAAGGAAAGGUCCAGGGAGUCACGUGUCCGACAGUGACUCGGUUCCGCCUGACAUCCCAGAACACCUGCUCAGGAGGAAGCAGCCUUGGCAGGCAGGCCGUCUAGCCCUGUCCCGCAGGGCCUGCAGGUUUGAGAUCCCCAUGGACGUGCACCUGUUGGAGACCAUGAGCCCUACCGAGUACCUGCAGAAGUACUGCAUCAUCAGCAAGAGGCGGCAGGCCAUGUACCGUCGAGCCUUCAGCAAGGCUGACAGGAACAACAGCAUGAAGAUCAACAGGAAGGAGUUCAACUCCGCCGUUGUUGAGGCUUUGGUGGACACCGUGAACACAAUUCAGAUCCAAGAUGUCCUGGAACUGAUUGAGGCAGACGAUUUCACCCACUUUGGUCCCAAGCUCUUCUGUGCCAUCUGUGCUCUUCUGGAAAGGCUACACUACCGAGAUUAUGUAACGGAGGACACCAUCGACCAGGAGAACCUUGUUGCAAAGGAGAGAGUGGAGGAUGCGGAUUUCUUAGCUCUAGAUUGGAAGUUUGAGGGUUGCGUCAUCAAUUCUUCACUGAAACGCCUCCUGUACAUGCUUUGAGUUUGGUGAUACUUGAAGGUCAGUGAACUACUUAGCCAGCAAAUCCCUGGGUCCAGGUUCAAAUCCUGAUACGUUUUGAGCUCAAAAGAUGCUAUUUACUUUGCCCUGGAUUGGAAGCUGGAGGGUUGCGUAGUCAAUCCUUUGUUGAAAAGCCUCUUGUACAUGCAUUGAUGAUGUGGUGAAAACAGAAGACCGGUAAACUACUUGGCUAGCAAACGCAAGGUCCGGGGUUAAUGUCCAAGUAGGUUUCCAACUCGAAGAUGCUGACUUCUUCAGCCCUGGAUUGAGGAACCUGGAGGGUUGCAUAUCACUAAAAUAACCCUUGUACCCGCUUUGAAUCUGGUGACAUCGGAAACCAGUGAGCUACUUGGCCAGUUGUUGGCAGGGUCCGGGUUCGAUUCCUGGUAGGUCUUCAAGUGGGAGUUUGACAGGUGUGUCAGCAUUUUAUUACUGUAUUGCCUCCUGCACAAGCUGUGAAUGUGGUGACAUCGGUAGGCCAGUGAGCUACUUGGCCAGUAAAUGGCAGGAUCCAGGUUCAAUUCCUGGUAAGGUUUACACCUAUUCAUUAGACAGAUGUAUACAUUGUACGUUAUUAAGCAAUCACCACUGGGCCCCCUGAACUUGCGUUGAUGAUAUUGUGAGCUCUGUUAACUACAUAUCGAACAACUCUUGUGACUUUGAGUAAAUCAAAUUAGGUUUUGCCCUUCACCGACGUAUAAACACUGUAUACUCAGUGUGUCACCUCCCGAGUGAAAGUUG